AUGAAUUGGUACUGGAUUCUUGGCUGGAUUCCUUCAGUAUUUGCUAUUUUUGGAAAUGGAGCGGUGAUUUAUCUGAUUUGCGCGAGGCCCAGACUCAGAAACGUCCCAAACCACUUCGUACUGUCUCUAGCCUUUGCGGAUUUCGGUGUAGGUGCUUGUUGUUUUCCAGUGCAAUUCAUAUGCAGUUUAAAUGCAUCAAACUGCAGAAAUCAAAUCGCCGAUGAUAUUGCCGUGCUGAUGAUUUACUCUUCGAAUAUUAAUCUAUGCGCGAUGACUAUCGACCGCUACUUGGCCAUUGUACGGCCUCUAACCUACAUGUCAUUGAUGACAACGAGGCGGGCUCGAUAUCUGGUCGCCUUCUCGUGGUGUGCGCCGUUGUUUUCAUAUUUUGUCCCUGCGCUCUGCACCAGUCUCUGUGGUUGUACUAUAAACGUCAGCAUCACUGUCGUCGUGUGGACCUCCAUGUUCGAGUUCAUUCCAUGUGUUUUACUUCUGACUGUAACCUCAAAAAUAAUAAUAACUGCAAAGAGACACUGUCGACAACUUGCGAAGAUGAAUAAUCAAUUGCAACAUAACCAGCCGAAUCAUAAAGGUCAAAAGGGGGUUUCAUCGGCGCGUGUAAUUGCAACAGUUGUGGCUAUUUUUAUUGCAUGCUACGCGCUUGAAGUGUACAGCUCUUUAUGUCAUUUUACCAAGUUCUGCGAGUUAACAAAGGAUCUGCGCAGAGCUGUGUUUUUUCUGGUUGUAACAAACUCGGCAGCAAACCCGAUCGCCUAUGCCUUGUAUAAAUGUGACAUAAAAAGAGAGCUCAGGAAAACAUUCUGCAAAUGGAGAUCAACUACAGCAGUCAGGCGAUCCACAAGUCUUUCAACAAAGGCAUGA